CUAUUUGAGGCCAGUUAGGAGUGAAGAUCUGAUCGUCUUUAAAUAAGAUUCUAGAAUACUAAAGUAAACAGAAAAAGUGUCUUAAUUAUAUUGCUGUCUCUAAAUCUAGAAUUCAGAUGGAAAAGAAAGGUCUGUGAUCUAGAUUACUUCAACUAGACUAGAGAUAACUCUGAUUUUGUUUAUAACCUGGUUCCUCGGCAAAGCGAUGGAUGAAAUCGACAACCAAAGUAGAUCUAGAACUAUCCAAACAGACCAAACUGUCCAAAGUGAUAGUCAAAGCAAUGAAAAGAAAGGUCAUAAAGAUGACAAAGAUAUUAAAAAGGCCAGAAAUUUUGAUUUUAUGGCCAUGUUUCAUGAAGCAAGACAAACUGCUAAGGAAAGAACUUUAAACAACAUUGUUGCAGAUUCUGACUUAGCUGACAUCAUUGAACCAGAAAUCGAAUCUCAGAGCAAAACCUCACCUGUACCUAGCCCAGCUACAAAGAUUUCUAGUACAAAAAGUCCUGUCACAAAAGUUAUGGAUAAUGAUUCCAACAGUGCUAUUGAAGACAGUGAAGAUGAAAUAGGACCUUCACUUCCCUCAGACUUUACAAAUGACUUCAAAACUGAAACAAGAAUCACACCAAACCCUCAAGAUGAUGAAAUGAAUGAUAAUAGUGGGGAUGAUUCUUUUAUUGGACCUCCUAUCCCAACAGUACUUUCUAUGAUGUCAGCCGAAACAAGUGAAAAUACAGAUAGAGAUCAUGAUAGUGAUGAAGAUGAUGAGGCUGAAGAUGAUGAGAAUCCCCUGACUAAAAUUCCACAAAGUCAUGAAAUUAUCUUGAAUCAUGGUGCUAAAACAGUUUCAGCGCUUGCGCUAGAUCCAUCAGGAGCCCGUUUGGUAACAGGUAGUUUUGAUUUUGAUGUAAAAUUAUGGGACUUUGCAGGAAUGGACACUUCACUUCGAUCUUUCAGAUCUCUUAGGCCUAGUGAAUGUCAUCAGAUCAAGGGCUUAGAGUACAGCAUUACUGGUGAUACUCUGUUAGUUGUGGCAGGCAAUGCCCAGGCCAAGAUAAUUGACAGAGAUGGAUUUGAGGUUAUGGAAUGUGUCAAGGGAGAUCAGUACUUGGUGGACCAGGCUAGCACAAAGGGUCACACAGCGUCCCUUAACUCUGGAUGCUGGAAUCCAAAAUUAAAAGAAGAGUUUCUCACAUGUGCUAAUGAUUGCACGCUUAGAUUAUGGGAUGUAAACAAACCAUUAAAGCAUAAAAAUAUCAUCAAAACUAAGUCAACUGGAGGGAGAAAGACCAUCCCUACUUCAUGCACUUACAGUCUUGAUGGCCGCUACAUAGUGGCAGGUUGUAAUGAUGGCUCCAUUCAGUUAUGGGAUUAUAACAAACAUACAUACGUUAAUGUUGCUAUUCAAAAUAAAAAUGCACACAUGAAUGGCUCAGACAUAACAUGUUUGAGGUUUUCUUAUGAUGGUCGCACUUUAGCUUCUAGAGGAGGAGAUGACACAUUAAAAUUAUGGGACAUAAGAAGCUUUCAGAAACCAUUGAAUAUUGCCAGAAAUCUGGAUAAUCGUUUUCCUAUGACAGACUGUAUAUUUAGCCCUGAUGACAAGCUAGUUGUAACUGGAGUUUCUUUACAGAAAAAUCAGACAGAAGGAAAAAUUGUGUUUUUAGACAGAGAAAGUCUGGCUGUUGUUAAGGAGAUGCAUGUUUCUGAAUCAAGUACAAUUAGAGUGUUAUGGCAUCCAAAACUGAAUCAAAUGGUCGUAGGUUGUGGUGAUGGCCUGGUCAAACUUUAUUAUGACCCGAAAAAGAGUCAUAGAGGUGCUAUGCUGUGCAUGGUGAAAAGAGAACGUAAAGUGAAACAAGCUGAGAUAGUAGCAGCACAAAACAUCAUUACACCUUAUGCUCUGCCUAUGUUCCGGCAAGGAAGACCAACCAGUACAAGAAAAUUUGAUGAAAAAGUGCGAAAAGAUCCUGUGAAAAGUCAUAGACCUGACUUGCCGGUAUCAGGUCCAGGUACGGGUGGUCGAGUCGGAGCUAAAGGGGCUACUCUUUCUCAGUAUGUUGCUCAACAAAUUGUUUCCAGAAAACCAGAUCCUUUUGAGAAGGAUCCAAGAGCUGCAAUUCUGAGACAUGCCAAAGAAGCGUCAGAAAAUCCUUAUUGGAUUGAUCCAGCUUACAAAAAGACUCAGCCCAAUCCAGUUUUCAGAGAAACAGAAGAUGACGAAGAUGAUAAAAAGGAUGAAGAUGAACCAGGACCUAUUUGGAAGAAAAAAAAAUUACAAUGAGAUCUAUGUAUAUUUUAUAUUGUAAAACAUAACAUUAAUAUUAUAAAAAUAAACAUUUGUAUAUACCAAUCGAUUCAUUGACUGUGUACAACUUUUUUUUUAAGUAUUAGUCUCACCUAACAACUUGUGCAACCUCACAGUUAUGGAAUACUACUUUUAAUAGCUUCAUUAAGCAUUGUACAAUAAAACUAAACCGGAGACUGUUGCUAUAGCUAAGGAACCCC